AAACAAGAAUUAAGAAUCUUGUUUAUAAAAGCUGUAAAUAUAACUCAUGACGUAAUGCGCUACGAACGACGGAAUCUAACUAGAUUCACACAUACGUAAAGGCUAUCAGUCGAUUUGUUGUAUCGCUGUCAAAGAUUGCUUUGGGAACGAAAUAUUAAUUUUCUAGACGUGUUGGAAUGUUGAAUUUAUUGGUCAUGAGUAAACUAUAGAAUAUAUUAUUCAUUGUUGAUUGGUAUAACUAAGGUGGGGUGCAUAUAUUCCAAAAUUUUAUUUUACUAAACACUUGGUUACAAGAGAGGUUAUGUUUUACCAUUUUAUGUGAUUAUUAUUUAGUUAUUUGUUGAGAUUUGGUUUCGCCAAAAUGAGUGAAGAAGAUAUGGCAGGUGCUAGUAAGGAAUUGGAUCCGUCCAAACCUUCUCCACAUGUUGGAUCUUAUGGUUCUGUGGGAUCAUGGAUUUAUUCCUUGGCGAAAAAGAUUAUUGUCGUUGGAACUGUUUAUUUUGUAGGAUAUAUGGGCUGGUCUGUGGCAUGGCUAAUAGCUCCACUGUUUCUUUCUGUUGCUCGUGACGAGUGGCGGAAGGAAAGUGAUAUGAGGAGAAAUAUUGCCAAAGCUUCAGCUCUAGCAAGUGAAAAAGAUGUGAUUUUAGCUCGGCUUGAUGAUUUACCAGCUUGGGUAUUUUUCCCAGAUAUUGAAAGAGCUGAAUGGUUAAACAGGAUUCUUCGACAAGUCUGGCCUAAUGUGAACCAUUAUGCUCGUGGCCUAAUAAAAGAUAGUAUUGAACCUUCCGUUGCUGCUGCUCUUGCUAAAUACAAACUCCAUGGCUUUAAAUUUGAUCGUUUAAUUCUUGGAACUAUUCCUCCCAGAAUUGGUGGUGUUAAAGUAUAUGAUCGAAAUGUUGAUAGGAAUGAAGUCAUAAUGGAUAUGGAUAUAUUUUAUGCUGGCAAUUGUGAUAUAACUUUUGUUUUGGGAGGAAUUAAAGGAGGAAUAAGAGAUUUUCAGAUACAUGGCAUGGUACGAGUAGUUUUAAAGCCUUUGAUAUCUAAAAUACCAUUAUUUGGAGGUAUUCAAGUAUUUUUCUUGAAUAAUCCAAGUAUUGAUUUUAAUUUGGUUGGAGUUGCCGACUUAUUGGAUAUGCCUGGACUAAGUGACUUGUUGCGACGUAUUAUUGUAGAACAAGUAGCUGCUAUGAUGGUUUUGCCAAAUAAAAUGGCUAUACAGAUGAGUGAUGAAAUACCCGCACAGACAUUGAAAAUGCCAGAACCUGAGGGCGUGCUACGAAUCCAUGUUGUUGAAGCUAAACAUUUAAUGAAGAAGGAUAUUGGAGUUCUGGGAAAAGGCAAAAGCGAUCCCUAUGCUAUUGUUACUGUUGGAGCACAAGAAUUUCGCACACAAACGAUUGAUAAUACAGUCGAUCCAAAGUGGGACUAUUGGUGUGAGAUGGCAAUUGAGGAUGGCAACUCCUCCCUGCUGGCAAUCCUGCUCUACGACAAAGACCGAACUGCCGACGAGAGCUUGGGCAGAGCUACGGUUGAAGUUAACAGCGUUGCAAAGAAAGGUCAAAUCGAUACGUGGCUCACAUUGGAGCAAGCUAAACAUGGAAUGGUUCAUUUACGUAUGACUUGGUUGACUUUAACUAGCAAUCCAAAUGAUUUACAGGCCGCUUUAGAAGAAACGCAACUAUUGAGGGUUACUUCAAUGAGUACUGCACUUUUGAC